AUGCUAUCGCUUCUCUGCCGUUCCCUCCUUCUCAUCCUCGCUCAACAGUGCUUCAGCAGGGCUCAGAACAAUGGGCAGCUGCUGGCACGUCGAGACGGGCGGGCUGCGGCUGAGAGGCGGCAGUUCUGCCAGUGGCCCUGCAAGUGUCGGGAAAGGCCUCAGUGCGCGCCGGGGGUGAGCUCCGUCCUGGACGGGUGUGGCUGCUGCAAGAGCUGCGCCCGGCAGAUCGGACAGGCGUGCAACGAGAGGGACGUCUGCGACCCGCACAAGGGCAUGUACUGCGACUUUUCAGCUGACCGGCCUAAAUACGAGGUCGGAGUAUGUGCCUACUUGAUGGCAGUGGGCUGCGACCUGAAUGGGGCCCACUAUGAGAAUGGAGAAGGUUUCCAGCCCAGCCCCCUCUAUAAAUGCACAUGCAUUGCCGGAGCCAUCGGCUGUACUCCAGCUUUCAUCCAGAAGCCUGCUGCACUGUUGGGUCCCGCCCCUCUGAUGGGCAACUUGCCAGCUGGCCUCCGCAGCAGCAGCCAGAGCCCAAAGAAGCACCAGCAGGAUACUACCUACAUGUCAGCCUGGAAGAAGAACUGCCUGAUCCAGACCACCCCGUGGAGCCCAUGCUCCAAAACCUGCGGCCUUGGUAUCUCGGUGCGCGUCAACAACGACAACGGCAAAUGUGAGAUGAGGAAGGACCGACGCCUGUGUCUGCUGAGGCCCUGUGAGAAGAGUGUGCUCAAGAAUCUCAAGGCACCAAAGGGAAAAACAUGUCAGCCUAAAUUCCAAGCAAAGAAAGCAGAGAAGCUGGUCCUCUCAGGUUGCACCAGUACCAAGAAAUUCAAACCCACGUACUGCGGAGCCUGCACGGACAAGCGCUGCUGCGUCCCCAACAAGUCCCGCAUGAUCAAGGUCAACUUCAGCUGCAAAGGAGGCACCAACACGCAGUGGAAGAUGCAGUGGAUAACGUCCUGCGUGUGCCAGAGGAAGUGUAACGAUCCGGGCGACAUGUUUUCUGAGCUGCGGUUAUUGUAA